AUGUUUGAAGAAUUUAUCACAAGAUUCCUCAAUGAAACAUUUGAAGUUAUCGAUAGCCUAUCGACAGAUUAUACGGAUGCGUCGAUUAUCAAUGAACAUUCAACCGAAUAUGAUACCUUUCAAAGAAAAUUGAUAUCGAUUGUCACGAGUAUUGUCCAACAGUGUAGUAGCAGCAUCUUUCGAAUUGUUCGACAGAAGAUCAUCAAUUUUGUUACCAGUUCAAUUUUCUCCUCGAAAGUUAGAUCAUUGGCCAUUGGACUUGUUCGAGCGAUUGUUAAAUGUCAUCCUGAAGACACUCUCAAGUAUUUACUACCACAAACAUGUCAAACUAUCGAAAAAAUCUUUCACAAGGCGGAACGAAACCUCUUGCAUGAUCAUAAAGGUGAUCAAGAACUAACUUGGUAUAUAUGUUUGUUCGCGGAACUUCUUCAAGCUCGUGGUGAUGUUCUACUUGAAUACAAAGAAAUCAUUCAAAACUGUUUUCACAGUUGCGUUCGUAUUCUUCACAUUGAUUCCUAUGAAACCGUUGCUCUAGCAAUAAAAUAUUUACUUCAAUCACUGAUAAAUGUCUAUCCGAUUGACUCGAGUUUGAUCAUCGAGAAUCUCGACGGAUCAUUCGCGGACUUUCUGCCGAUUCGAGCAUGGGGACAAAGUGUUGACUUUGAUCAACUUCAAGUUCGCUAUCAUAUUCCCACUACAGAUGAAAUCAAUUUUGCUUGCGAAUUCGUCAAUGAUUUUCUCUAUGCAGAAUUAUCGUUACUAAGCGACAUGAAAUCAAAACUGUCGAAGGAAGAACGAAGACGAUCGCUAACGAUUAUACACAGUAUCGCCGUCGGAUGUUUUCGUAUCGUACCACGAAUCGAAAGCAAAACCAUAGAAUAUCUGUCUCAAUCGAUGGUUUCGUUCGAUUCACCAUCUCAAAGUCGAUAUUCAAUCUACUAUCGAGAUGUAAAACCAAAGUUUCAUGAAAAUCUGCGAAUGCGUUUACUCAUCGAUAUUGGCAAAUUGCUUGAUAAACUAAUUGAAACUCAAUCACACGAUGUCUUAUCCAUCCGUCUAGCUCUCUCCAUUUGUUUCUUAUCAUCUGAAUACUAUGGAGUCUUUGCUCGUGAAGUCGAUCAAAUGCGUGAAGAUAUUCGAUCAAUCACCAGCUUAGUCCAAAGUCCCAUUCUUGGUAAACGAGAUCAUCCUCGGUUUUUAUCAAUCAAACAACUUCAAUUGCAAAUCGAAGCAUUUGAGUUGCAUAACUUCCAAUUGUUGACUGAAACUGAUCAACAAAUCGGAUCUAAACUUUUUGAUUUAUCAAUCAGUCGACAUAGUGAAAUUCGUUCCAAAGCUCAAGAAGAACUGUUUCAUUUUAUCAAUCAUUAUAAUUUAUCUUGGAUAAAAUUUCUCGAUCGUAUCGUCGAACAACUUUCGACAUCUAAUAAAACUAAUCAUCAUCAUCAAAUUAAAGGUUGCUUGUACAUUCUUCUCGGCAAUGAUACAUUCUUCUUACCAACGAAGCAUUCAUGGUCAAUGAUGAGUAAAAUUUGGCCGUUGAUUGUUAAGAUCAACCAUACAAAUAGACUUAGCAUUCGAAAUCUAAUCGAACGUAUCAGACAAAACAUUGAGAAAGAUUUUGAACCGUUGGAACUGAGUUUGAAUAUUGGAUACGACGCUCAAUGUGCAGCUGUUGACCUUUGGCACGAACUAGAAAACGACGAGAUGCAACGAAGCCAACAAAUCCGCGAAAGACAGCGUGAAAGCAAUCUUCAAUCAUGCCAUCAUCUAAUUGAUACACUUCACUCCUUACUUCGAGAUGAAACUUUAACUUGGGGACAGGAGAAGAUCGCCAUGUCAUUUUUACACUUACUCCUUCGAAAAGAUGUGCCAUUGUCCGCAUCAUGCAUUAAAACAUGCGUUGAUUUUCUCAUUCAUGACAACGCAGAAUUGCGAGAGUAUGCUUUUAAAAUCAUGACGACAUUUUGUCGUAUACAAAAACCACCGCGAAUAUUCAUUGAAAAAUCAAUUGAAGAAAUCUUUCGUGAUGCUGGUCAAUCAUUAGCAGUGCCAGAUAAAGGUCAAUGUCAACCGGGCACACGUGAAGACAAUCUUUGGAUCACAUUCAACGAUUACGAACUUCCAAAAACCCAAGACGAAUGGGAACAAACAUGCUUUCUGAAUGAUGUGUUCUAUGGUUAUUAUCAAUGGCCGAAGACAAUUAAGUACGCAAUGAACAAACGAGAACGUUAUACUAUAAAUAAUAUGCCCAAGGAAGUUUCGAUCAUAUUCGAUCGUUUUAUGGAUAAGAAUUUUGUGAAACAAAUGUUGAAAGUCAAUGUUAACAAUGAAAAUACGACACGAUUCGACAGAAGCCGAUUUGAAAUGUUUAAAGCUCUCUUUCGUAAUUUCGGCCUUGCAUUUGUUGAUAAUUUCCUGGAAGAAUUGUCUACGCUCAUGCGUAAAAGACUACAAAUCCGACAAGAACAUCGACUAGCGGCUGAAAUUAUCGCCGGUAUGAUUCGUGGUUCGAAGUAUUGGACAUUGGAGAUGCUUGAUACAUUUUGGCAAAAGUUAACACCAUUUCUUCAUGAAGUUGUUGCUAGUCUUAAUCCCGAUCUCUUCAUUCACUGGGGAUCCUGUCUUCAAUUUAGCAUGGAAGAUCAAGAUCCUCGUCGAAUGUUUCACGCAAUAAAUUUCACUCUCAGUCUCAUUGACAACCAGACAUGGAUCAAUACAUUCAAUGAAGCAUCUCGUUGGUAUCUAGUACAAAGUCUCGCUGUAUUUCAAUGGCGUAUUCCAUCCGUCUGGUGCACUAUCUAUGAAAGUGCCAAAGAACUCAUUGAUCACCCGUCGAAAUUAAUACGACAAUUAGUCACCAUACAAAGUCUCGCUGUAUUUCAAUGGCGUAUUCCAUCCGUCUGGUGCACUAUCUAUGAAAGUGCCAAAGAACUCAUUGAUCACCCGUCGAAAUUAAUACGACAAUUAGUCACCGUUACAUUACCAUUGACGCUCAAAUUCGAUUUGACAUUGUUCGAGGGAAAAUCAACAUAUCAUCCAACGUUGAAACAGUUAAUCGAAGACAUACGUGAACGAUUAGACCGAGCUAUAGCAAUUUGUGAAAGCAAAUCACGAAUUAAUCAUGCGGCGGAAAUCGAUAUACUUGACAAUGAAGUUAGCCAAGCAUUGAGCUUGAUCCAAUCAGUGAUUGCAAUACAAGGACAAUUAUUCGCUUUGUGCCAUCAACCAAUUAGAGAUACUACUCUUGAAAUGUUUUCCUACUUUUGCGAUACUGGAAGUAUCAUGGUUAAUGAUGAUGGUUUCAGAAAUCAUUUAGCAGGUAUUCGAACAUACAUCGGUAUGGCUUAUUUGCACACAGACCUAUUAGAAGCAUUGAUUGAACAAGUCGAACAUGUUUGUACGAAAAGCAAGUGGCAAGCCCGUCUAGCAGCUAUGGAAUUCAUUCCAUACUUUGUAUUUUGUAAUUUAUUCAACAUUCGUCCUUAUUUACGACGAUUACAUAAACUUGUGGUUGCAUGUUUGUUUGAUGACCGAUUGGAGGUACGUUUAACAGCGUCUAUGACUCUCUCGGUCUUCUACCAAUGCAGUUAUACUCCAGUUACGGACGCAGAUCUGAAACAUUUUCGCCUGAUGAGCAAAACACCUUACCGCUCAAUUAUAAAUGGCGAGAAAGUUGUAUCUACAAAAGAUAUUGUCAAAAGACAUGGUGGCAUUUUGGGCUUGUGUGCUAUUAUUCAAGCUAAUCCUUAUGAUAUUCCAGCUUAUGUGCCAGACACAUUGAUGGUUCUAUGUGAACAUUCACACGAUCCUCAUCUAAUACAACGAUCCAUUAAACAAUGCUUGUCGGAAUUUCGCCGUACUCAUCAUGAUUCUUGGCAUGAGCAUCGAAUGAAGUUCACCGGCGAUCAACUUGGAAUUUUGGCUGAUGUGCUCAUCUCACACAACUAUUAUGUUUAA